GAAAGAAACAUUUAUUGUACUAAUACAUUACUGCCAAACAGACGAUUUGAAGCUCACUGAUAAAAUCAAACAUGGAAUUGUUAGAGGACACUGCAAUGGUACCUUGCCCAGAUCCAUAUCGCCCACUUCAUCUGGAGCCCUUGACCUGGAUUGAUCAAUUGUUUGUCUACAAAGAACCUCAUCCGGAUGAAUGUUUUGACGAAGUCUGCUGUGGAAUAAAGCCUGACAACAGAUAUAAGGUGAAGGAUAACGUCGGGAACGUUCUUUUUAGUAUUCUUGAGGACAGUGAUUAUUGUAGCAGGCAUUUCUAUCAAGGACGUUCCUUCAUAAUGAAUGUUAUUAAUGAAUCUAAUAAAGAGGUCAUCAGACUGGUGCACCCAUUUGUUUGCAGCUGCUGCAGUCAUGAGCUGGAGGUUCAGUCUCCACCCGGCUUUACUAUCGGACAUGUUCGACAAAACUGGCAUGUUUGCCUGCCUAAAUUCACAGUUGAGAAUAAACGAGGUGAACCAGCCGUUAAGAUUGCGGGACCAUUUUUACCUCUUACCUGCUGCAUGGAUCAGAACUUUGAGCUGGUGUCUUUGAACGGGGCAGCGACAGACGGACCAUUUGGCAAGAUCUUCAAACCUUUCUCAUGCAGUGUACUAAAUACAGGUGCAGAUUUUGUGCUGAGGUUUCCAAGCAACCUGGAUGUCAAAAUGAAAGCUACACUGUUGGGGGCCUGCAUACUUAUUGACUUCAUGUAUUAUGAUAAGCCAAAACAACCGUUACUACGUCUACUAAAGUAUUUAUCUCCUGUGACUGUUUACACUCUGUUCACACUCAAGUAAACACACAUGAAGAAGACAACAAGGUAACAAAUAAUUUUCCAUUUUGGAUACGCCAACUUCAGAAAGAAGCCCGAAGGAAGACAAAUGUCUACAGACUGCUUGCCAAAUUAUCCUCCAAUAAAAAUUUACCAUCUCUUUUUCUGAGGCAAUAAAUCUUAAAUUGUAUUUGUUUUGUAAACUCCUUAAAUUUGAAAGUGACAAAUGACACAUUAUCACUUGUUUUUGUUUUUUUUCAGUUUGUGGCUCUCUCUUAUUGAAAGGUGCCACUGAGGUUGCAUGUGUUAUCGGGAAGUGAAGCAAACACAGCAGUAACCACAAACACCAACUGCUUCUUAGUAGGUGCUGGUGAUGUUAAAAAAAAAAAAAACUACCCCAACUGGCGCUUUGAGUUGCUCGUCAUGGAAAAUCCAGACAGAAUGCUCCUAUUUAAAAAUGACACAUUUUUCUCUGCUUUCUUGAUGGAUAAAGUUAAUUGCACAGACAUGUAUAUUUUCUGCUUUUUAAAUGCAUUGUCAGUUUUUCAGACCAUCCACCAAAAUAAAGAUUUUCUUUUGCAAAUUUAAUUAUGCAAUAAACAUCUGGAAAUUCUGCAUUUCAUAUCAGACAUUUUGAGCAUGAUACUUCCAAUAUCUCAUAAACCCACAGACAUGUUAACAAAUCUGUUUGUUGUCUGAAUUGUUCCUCUGCCAGUGUACAGUACCACUGGUGUCUUGAUACUUCAACACCCGAUGUACACCCAUAACACCCUAUUUUUUUUCUUUCCAUAACACCCGAUGUGCUUGCUACAUCGCUAGAAGA